UCGUGUCGUCACAACUUAAAGAGACAAUUAUUAAGCAGGUUAUUUUGUGCGAGACACCCUGUAUAUCUUGUUACGCCUCUUAUUAUAGGCCACAUCUAACUUCUUAUAUUGUGCGGUUGUAUUCUAAUACACGAAACAAAAUCGUUGCGUAUAGUAGCAAUUAUCAAAGUGUUCGGCUACGUGAUACUCGGCUUUUCUUUGUAUUGACCCAUCCAAUAGUUUUCGUUUCGCAAGUCCACUAUACGCUUGUUUUGCGAAUUCGUUUCAGAUUGCUCUCAACUUUCGUAGUAGGUUUUAACGGAUAUCUAGAGAAGCCAUUGAACAAAAGGGUAGAGAAGUGUUAAAUUUUUCUCGUAGAACGGUUUCGCAGAAACGACAAACAUAGAAUCAACAAUGAAACGUGUGACAUUGUUCCUUGGCAUACGGUAAAAAUUUCAUGGAAACUGUGCAUCGUAAAAAUUCGAGAAAUAUAGACUUUUCAAAGAAGCUUCACUCUAAUUCGUCUGGGCAUCACUGCUAAGACAUUGUCUCACAUCGUGGCAUGUUUUCGUGGUGCACAAAAGAUCCGAAGGUUGAGAACCUCCCAUUUUUGUACAUUAAUCUUUUUUUAUUUGCGUUAAAAAAAAAAUAAGUAUUUUUAGAAUAACAUGAUUUUUAGCUCGUAUGUGAAUCCGAAUUUUUCAUUACGUACAUAUUACCGACUGUACUGACGCAUCUGAAAACUAAGCAAUGACAGGAUACUUUGAUUUGCCAUUUAAUAUGGACAGAAUAUGCAGAAUUUGCCUUACAGAGGGUACUAAUUUAUCUCCUAUUUUUUGUGGAGAUCAAGAAGUAAGUGACUUUUCGGGUCUUCCACAAAAGAUACAAGUUUGUGGGUCGAUAGAAAUUCACGAACAGGAUGGAUUACCUUCGUUAAUUUGUGAUAUUUGCAUUUAUAAAGCAAGCGUUGCUCAUGAAUUUAGACAACAAUGUCAACAUUCUGACGCCAAGUUACGAAUGUAUUAUAAUAAACCAACGAAGACGACUACCAUGGACAAAAACAAGCAAAUAGAAUUGAAAACAAAAACAGCAUUACCAAAAAAACAAGUCAACGAAGGGGACUAUUUUGUAAAAGAAGAACAGCAAGUAGCAUCAAAUUCUCAAGAAUAUGUACAAAGUAACUCAUAUUCGAGAGAUGAAACCAGCUUAAGCACUGAAACGAUUGACAUGCAAGAUGAUAAACUUUUCAUAUGUUCCAUGGAAUUUGAAGGAUCUAAGGAAACUGAAAAAGAACCUUGCAUCUCAGAGAAUAACAUAAGCCAAACUUCUCCAACACAAGGAAAUAGCGAUUGUAUUUCAGAAACUAUAGAUACACAAGAUAAACUAGAAGAAAAUCAAGAUAUUAAUCAGAAUACAAAAGAAACAGACAAAAAACAAGAAGAUGAGUUUCUCGAUGAAAGUAUACUAAAUGAUAACAUUACAGAAGAAGAGAAGACUCCACAAAAACGUACAUCUACCAGGAAAAUGAAAUCAGUGACGGCUAAAGCUUACAGCGAAGAUGAAAUGGAUGAUAAUUAUUAUGACCCAGGUAGUGAUAGUCAAGACUCUGAUAAAUCAAAAUUUAAAUGCAAAGUAUGUUCAAAAUUUUAUGGUACACAAAAAGGUUUGAAAAAGCAUUCACUCGUUCACGAAAAAAAAUAUAAAUGCGAUAUCUGCUUAAAAAUGUUCUACAAGCAGGAGAAUAUGGAAAAUCAUAAAAAGAUUCAUGCAGCAAAACCUCUUGCAUGUAAAUUAUGUCAUGCAUCAUUCUCUAAACCUCAAGGCUUUGCACGUCAUUUGAAAUCCCAUACAGAAAAAUUAAACAACAUGAUUAAACAAAUCAAUACAGACGAACAGAAGGAUAACAAAGAACCAAAAAAAGAAAUGAAACUUGAAGAUGAUACAGAUGAUGAAAGUGGUACUAUGAACGAAAUCGAUGAAUUUGAAAAUGCACCUGAAUUGUACAAAUGUGAUGUUUGUAGUCAACAUUGUUCUAGUUUAAAAAAUCUAAAAAGACAUUCUCUUGUACAUGGAGAUAAAAAGUAUUCCUGUACCGUGUGUAAAAAAUGGUUCUUUAGACCUGAUACAUUAAAAAAACAUGCAGAAAAACAUGGUCACGGAUUGUUAGAUAAUUUAGUAGAUGAUAAUAAAUUCUUCGAUUCUGAUGAUGACUCUUUCCCAGAUACUACAAGGAAUGCUCUGCAAGAGAACGAAAGCGUUAAAAAAGAAGAAAGUGACGAGGAUGGUUCUGGUGAAUACAAAUGUCAACAUUGUGAUAAAGUCAUGGCAACAAAAAAAGGUCUUCGUCGUCAUGUAUCAAUGCAUAAGCCAAAACCUGAACCAGUUUCAUGUGAAAUUUGUAGGAAAGUUUGCGCUAGUCAAGCUCGUCUUGUUCUUCAUCAAAGGACGCAUAAACCGAAAGAAAAGAUUCCCAGAGAAUAUUUGUGUCACAUAUGUAGUAAAGUAUAUCCAAGUAAUUCUUCUCUCACGUAUCAUAUGAGAACUCAUACCGGCGUAAAACCACACGUGUGUAAAACUUGCAAUAGUGGAUUUACUACAACAACCAGUUUGGCUAACCAUAUUAGGAUUCAUACAGGUGACAAACCAUUUGUUUGUCAUGUCUGUAGUGCAGCAUUUGCUGUAAGUUCAGCUUUUAGACGACAUUUGACUAGACAUACGGGUGAAGCAAAUUAUCUCUGUAAAACAUGUGGUAAAGCGUUCAAGAGACUUAGUACUUUAAAAGAACAUACAUACACACAUUCUGGUGAAAAGCCAUAUGUAUGUAAAACAUGUGGCGCCGCAUAUAGUCACAGUGGUAGUUUGUUUGCACAUCAAAAGCGUUGUCGAGCUCAAUAUGGUGAAAUGGUUGUAGACGAACAUCACCAUGCAGUUGCUCAUCAUAUUCAUGUGAAUAAUGUACAAUCUGCAGUGCGGUCGCUUGCUGUGAUAGGACAAAUGUUUUAAAAAAAUGCAAUUCAUUGUAUCAAAACUAAUGAUUUUAAUUGUGCAUCAUAAUGAAUAUAUAGACUGUUAAAAGACUAUAGAGUGUGCUACGAUUUUCAUGGUAUAUAAUACAGCAUUAUUGUAGAAAUCGUGCACUUGUGUAAAUAUAUAAGCAACUUCUUUUUUACAGAGAAAUAAUUAUUUAAAUACUCAUACAUAAUUAAUCAACCUAUCCAGACUAGUGCUUUAAUGGUAGAAAAUUUAUCUUUUCAUAUAAUAAUUAAAUGUUUAUUGUGUGAAUAUUUUCUUAUCUAAUUAAGAUUGACUUCGAUAAUGAUUGUAUGACUUGAGUAUAUAGGUAUGUACAUGUAACUUAAAUGCAUAGUGUUAUACAUGUUUGUAUAUCACCAUACUACAACAGAAAAUUGUACAUUAGCAAAAAAUUUUUGUUUCUUUUGACCCUUUUUAUUGAAAAAUUUAUUACAUUCCUAUUUUAAACACUUGGUUCAUGUUAUAUAUCAUUACUGCAUUCAUAAUAUCGUAUUUAGAGGAUACUAGUGAAUUGAAAGAUAAUUUAAAGCACUAGUUUAGACACGUGAUUAAAAUAUGAAAAUUUAAUUUUUAAAAAGUAGAUAUACAAGGUAAAUAAUCAAAAUUACAUCCAUGUACUGGUUUCACAUAUAUAAUAUUUUGGUCUGAGUUAUAAUUUCCAUUGAAAUUAUAAUUCAUAUUUAUUACAUAUGUCAACAAAUUUGUAUACACGAGGCAUGUACAAACAUCUAUAAACAAUACUUGUUAUUCAUACACUACAAAAAAAGAGACUGAUUCUCGUUUAUAUAAAUGCAUUAAUGAUGAGAGAACAUUUUAUAACCCAUACUAAAAGUAAUUAAAGUUAUAUUGUGCUUUUUGUAGUACCGAUACAUGUAUUAUUUAGUCUUCAGUCUUUGAUACAAUCUGUGUUACAUCUAAUUCAUUAAAAGACAUUAGUUUUAUAUUUGCUACAGAUGUUAGAUCUAUGUUAACUUACAACCAAUUUUGCAAAGUACUACCACUACAUUCAUUGAAUGUAAGUAUAAUUUUAUUAUUGCUAAUAUGUAUCAUAUAUAUACUAUAUAAAUUUUUAUGUACAUGUACUUUCUUAUAUUUUCAUAUAACAAUUUCUUAAGUACAAAAUAAUACAAUUCUUGUUUUAAAUGUAUGGAAAUAACUUAUGCUUUAAUGUAUCUUUUUACAAUUUAUUUACAUACAUAAUCAUACAUAAUCAUUAUAUUUAUAUCAUAAAUAAUAAUUCAUUGUGCCAUGCAGAUAAUAUAAAUGACAAGAAUAUCAAAAAUAUCAUUAAAGAGUUGUUGUUAUUAUUAUUAUUA